AUGAGAUUCCUAACCCGCACUCCAGAACAAGUCCGCGCAGAAUCAGACCCAGCAACCUACCUAAGCCCCAUAGACGCUGAUAACUCGCAUACACUACAAGACCCAACCUACCAGCUCAUCCAAGAAGUCCACUCCGUCUCCGAAAUCGUCCCGGACAAACUCGAGCCGCACGAGCACAAGCCUGAUCCAACCACUGUCCAGACCCCGCGCGCAGUGGCCAAUCUCACUGAAGCAACACGCCGCGGUAUCAGAGCCAGUUCUACGGCGCAGUACACAGACGAAGCCACCCGUCGGUUCAAGAUUGACCUCGUGCAGCAUAAGCAGGCACUGGACGGUUCAUCGAUCGACCGCGUGCGCGAGGAGUUCCGUGCGUAUCUGCGCGGCUUGCGCCUGCUCGAUGACCGUCCAGAUGGGCGCAUUACCAUCCGGGGCGCUAGUGCGCGCAACCACGUGUGCCUGGUGAUGGAUCGUGUUGUUAUUCGCAUGUUGGCGGAUUUGGACUUUGGAGAUGUAAGAGAUGGUUACGCGCGGCUUAGGGGAUACACCAUUAGAGUUGUGGAUGCGUGGUGGCAGCGGUCGUUGAUGGAUAUCUCGCAUUACGAGGGUGUAGAUUUCAUCCCGGUCUAUUCUCUCGCUUAUUAUUAUGAGGAGCUCUUGGGCUGUGCGAGCAGUGGUGCGAUGGAGGAUCUAUGGCCGUUUAUGAAGCGGAUUCCGUAG